CCCUUCUCUCCCUCUCUCCGAAUUCAUAUAAACUUCACUUCCACAAACAAACAAACAUUAUCCAAUUUUAAUCUCCACACACACACACACACACACACACUCACUUUGUGAAAUAAAAAGAUGGCAAAAAAGGGUUCGCCAUACGAGAUCGAGGUAACCGUCAUUUCCGCGGAGGGUUUGCGCCUCAGCCGAAAUCAGCCAGUGAAAAAGAACUCGUACGUCGUCGUAAGAUCCGACCCGUUCAACACCCGGAAAACGGGUACGGAUCGCGACGGCGGGAGCUACCCUGCAUGGAACGAGAAGCUGCAGAUGGAGCUGCCCGCCACUGCCCGUUUCCUCACGGUGGAGGCGCAUUCGGGCAGUCGCCUCGUCGGGGCGGCCAACAUACCCGUCUCCGACUUCGCCGCCGCCUUCCUGCCCCUUAACUACUUGAGCUUCUUGAGUUAUAGGCUCAGGGAUGCUCAUGGCGGGAAGAACGGGAUACUCAAUUUGUCGGUUAAGGUCAGCCGCCGCCCCGGGCCCAGUGGCUCUGCGGAGCCAUGGCCCGGGGUUCCCGUGGCGGCGGAUGGGAAGGCCGGGGUUGUGACGGGCAUUCCGGUUGGAAAAAUUAAUCAUGUGUAAAUCAAGAUAGAUGUAUCCUAAAAAAUAUUGGGAUUAUCUUAUGUAGCAUAUGAAAUGUUCUAUAAGUACUUCGCCCAUAAAUUUAUCAUUUUCUCCAA